AUGUCUGUCGAAAUCGAUGUUGAUGUGUUGAUCUCGCUAGUUGAAGCGCGUCCUACUUUAUGGGAUAAAACCAUCGCGUCUUAUAAAAACAGGAACGAGACAAAAGAAGCGUGGAAAGAAGUAUAUAUAGGAUUAAAUAGUAGUUUCGAAGAAUUGGAUGAUAAUGAAAAGAAUAAGUUUGGUAAAGAAGUAAUGAAACGAUGGGUAAAUAUCCGAGAUUCUUAUCACAAAUCAUUAAACAAAGAGAAGUCUGUAAAAAAAUCGGGAGCCGGUACUACUACUAUACGAAAAUACGUUUAUUUUGAUCAAUUACAGUUUUUGAACAAAAUUUUUUGUGAACGUCCUACAGAGAGUAGCCUACCUACUGAUCGGGUCGAAAAACUUUCAAGAGGAAAUAAUGUUGAAGACAGUACGGAAAGCAAUUGUAGCAGCCAGUUUAAAUCACCACCACCGCCUCAACAACAGCUCGGUUCACGUAAACCAAAAAUAGAUGAAAUUGACAAAAAAUUGUUACAUAUUUUAGAGAAGCCGGAGGACCGGCAUUUGUGUUUUUUUAAAGGAAUAAUACCUUCAUUGUCAUCAUUCAAUGAAGACGAAAUAAUUAAAUUCCAAAUGGGAAUAUUACAACUAAUAACGACCAUUAAACAAAGUCGUCUUAAUACACCGCAACUUCAAUCUUUUACUACUCAAGUAUCCCGCCCGACACUAUCUCAAUCGCCGUUACCUGGUCCAUCUAGAAUUUACUAUGAACCUCAAGGAAUACAAAAACAAGCAGAAGGAAAUAUGAUAUUACCAAGUACACGUCAAUAUUAUGAGCAUUUCUAUUCCUAA